AUGGUGACGACGAUGAUGGCGUACAGGAAAGUGCCGGUCCAAUUGGGUGUGGAUCGUUGCGCAGAUCUGGGUGCUUCUCCAAGACUCGGUGCCCUCCUUUGCCAGGCAGCAUAUUCCCAGCUGCUGCAGACUGACCUUUUACCUUACCAGUGCCCUGAGGAACCUGAAGGUGACCAAGAAGAGAAGGCAGACGACAAAGCAGUCUGUAUGUUUGUGAACACCCGGAGAAAAAUGGAGGACAAACAUUUGGCUUUAGCCGAGUUCAACCAGCUCUUUGGAAUUCAGGAUGAUGUAGAUCGUGCUUACUAUGCUGUGUUUGAUGGCCAUGGAGGGGUGGAUGCAGCAACCUACGCUUCCACUCACCUCCAUGUUGUUCUAAGUAAACAGGAGAUGCUGCAGAGUGAUGCAACCACAGCCUUUAAAACAGCCUUCAAACGCACAGAUGACAUGUUCAGAAACAAGGCCAAGAGAGAGCGUCUCCGGAGUGGCAGUACAGGAGUGGCAGUACUGAUCCAGGAUCAAGAGCUGACUGUUGCUUGGCUGGGAGACUCUCAGGCAAUACUGGUCAGAGAUGGGCAUGUUGUUAGACUCAUGGACCCACAUAAGCCAGAGAGAGAGGAUGAGAAACAGAGAAUUGAGGAUCUUGGAGGCUGCAUUACUUUCAUGGGUUUCUGGCGUGUUAAUGGCACAUAUGCUGUAUCGAGAGCCAUAGGUAAGUCAGUCCCAACUCACAAAACCACAGAAAUGUAGAUGUGAUUUGACUGGCUGUAUCAUAUAGUAGUUCUCAAAGUGUGACCUUAAUUGACCUCCACUGCUACAUAAACUGAGGUUGCUCAUGUUAACUGAAAGUAAACGACAAACUUGGUUCCAAAAAAAGUUGAAACAGUGUGUAAAUUGUAAAUUAAAAGGGAAAUCUAAUGAUUUGCAAAUCUCAUUAACUCAUAUUUGCAAUCGGUGUUUAGAUAUUUAGA